AUGGAUUACGAUGUUCUGAUCAUUGGCGGCGGCUUUGGGGGAUGCUACGCCUUACAUCAGCUGCGCAAGUCGGGCUUUUCGGCACACGUUGUGGAAGCUGGGUCGGCCCUCGGCGGCGUGUGGCACCGGAACGGCUACCCCGGAGCACGAGUUGACUCGGAGACACCCUACUAUCAGCUUUCGUUGCGGGAGGUCUGGAAAGACUGGACAUGGUCGCAACGCUUUCCGGGGCACGAAGAGCUGAAGAGAUAUUUCACACACGUCGACAAAGUGCUUGACAUUUCUAAGGACGUGUCGUACAAUACUGUUGUGGUUGGGGCCGACUUUGAUACGGCGACAGCCAGGUGGAUCGUCGAGACCGAUACAGGACGCAUCAUCACGUCGCGGUUCUUGAUUCCGGCGACGGGCAGUUCAAUCAAACGAUAUGAGCCCGAAUUCGCAGGAAAGAGUUCCUUCAAAGGCAUAGUGGUACACCCCGCGGCAUGGCCUGAUUCCGGAAUCGAUCUUGAGAAUAAACGAGUUGCCAUCAUUGGAUCAGGUGCAACAGGGGUUCAAUGUGUGCAAGAAAUUGCUAAACAGCCCGGCGUGGAGCUGACAGUCUACGUACGAAAUGUCAACAUUGCACUCCCAAUGCGUCAACGCGAAAUCUCGGAACUCGAGCAGAACAGCUUGAAAGCGAUAUACAAGACACUUUUCAAGUUGGCGAGGGAUAGUAGUGCCGGGCUACCUUGCGAUGGACCUACCCAGGUUACAAAGGAAACAACAAUGGAAGAAAGGGAGGCAUGGUGGGAGGAGCUAUGGAAGAGAGGGGCCUUCAAUUUCCAAGCAGGCCAGUAUAUGGACUUCUUGAUGGACGCGGAAGUGAAUCGUUUGAUUUACGAGUUUUGGUCAAAGAAAACCAAGUGCCGGUUGCAGGAUCCGGAGAAACGAGCCAUAUUGGUGCCUGACGAACAACCUUUCCCGUUUGGAACGAAGCGAAGCAGCCUAGAGCAGGAUUACUACGAAUGCAUGGACCAGGAUAAUGUGGAAGUAGUGGAUGUGAAGCAGAUGGGCAUCCGCGAAUGGACAGCACGAGGUAUCGUGACUGAAGAUGGAAAGGAGAGAGAGCAUGACAUUGUUGUCCUAGCGACGGGGUACGACAGUAUGACCGGAGCGUUAACAAGCAUGGGGCUCCGUGGGAAAGACGGCAUCGAUAUGAAAGAGAGGUGGAGACAAGGCGUUUGGACGUAUUUGGGCUUGAUGGCUCGAGGAUGUCCAAACAUGUUUAUGAUAUACGGGCCGCAAGGUAAGCACGAAGCCCUAAGCAUCUUUUUAGAAGACCUCAAGUUAUUGACGACAACUGAAAUAGCUCCUACGGCUUUGACGAACGCGCCGGUGUUCAUCGAGCAGCAAGUCGAUUUUAUUACAGACUUCCUAGUGAAGCUACGCACGGGGAACAUCGCAUCCAUCGAGCCACGCCGUUCAGCUGAAGAGAACUGGAAGGAAAAGGUACAAGCAAUACACGAGGCGUUGCUGUUUAGCAAGAGCGAUACAUCCUGGUACGUGGGAGGGAACAUUCCCGGCAAGAAGAAGGAACAGCUCAACUAUCUUGGUGGUAUUCCUCGAUACCUUGAAGAAUGCCGCAAAGGCACCAAGGACUGGGACAAUUUUGAAAUUACCUUGGGAGUUGGAAGCGCGGUAUGA